AUGUCAGAAUAUCUUUUUGAACAAUCAUUAAUCUCCUCCGAAAUACAAAAUUCUUUACCAAUAAAUUAUAAAUUAAGGCCUUUGGCAAAAAAUGAUUUUGAGAAAGGAGUAAUUGAAUGUCUGGGGCAACUUUCAGUCAUUGGAAAUCCUUCUAAAGAACAAUUUAUUGAACAUUUUAAUCAAAUGAAAAGUUCAAAAGGAUAUUAUAUAAUUGUGAUUGAGAAUGAAGAAGAAAAAAUUGUUGGUGUUGGAACAUUGUUGGUCGAAUUAAAGUUUUUAAGAAGUUGUGGAAAGGUGGGGCAUAUUGAAGAUAUAGUUGUGCAUGAUUCACAGAGAGGCAAAAGUCUUGGUAAAAGGAUAAUUGAGCAGCUAAAAUACUUGGGAAAUAAAUUAGAAUGUUAUAAAAUCGUUUUGAGUUGUAAUGAGAAAAAUAUUCCAUUUUAUGAGAAAUGUGGACUAACGAUAAAAGAUGCGCAUAUGGCGCUUUACUACGAUAAAUAA